UGAUUGCGUUUUCCUCAUGUCUCAUUCGUAAACAAUAGACGUUUCCCAUGCGCCCAGAAGCAGAUGUACAACCUCCUAACAAGAAGAUAGAUCAAGUGAAUUGAAUUGGACACCUUUGUGAACAAAAACUUUAAAUAAACUUACCACUAUGGUAAAUGCAAAAAAUCCCAAAGCAUCCAAUGCUGGAUCUCAAAAAAAGCCAAAUGGAAACAAAAUCAAGCAUAAAGGCAAUUCUGGUGGUGGUGGUGGUGCAAAGCCACCAUUUAAAGGAUUUAAAGGAGGCGCGCUUAAGGCACAUGGGAAGGGAUCCUUUGUAAAAUCCAAGGAAGAUUUAAAGAAGCAAAGGGCUGAACAAUUUCGCCAACGUCAAGAAGCCAGGGCACAAAAACAAAAGGAAUUGGAGGAGCAACGGGCCAAAGCUAAAGCAGAAAAAGAAGAGAAAGUGAAGCAGUACAAAAAGAAAAGACUGGAGCGUACAAAGGCACUUAGCAAGCGGACGCAACGUGGUCAACCUCUUAUGAAGGAUCGCAUGCAACUGCUGCUGAAACAGAUACAAGAAAUGAAGAAAAAUGGAUAAUAUUGAAUUUAAGAUUUGUUUUUUUAUAUAUAUUUAAUCAUAAUAGAUAAAAAAUUAGGUAAAUUAAAUGUUUUAACAAGUUUUUCAUUUUAUCUCUUGUUACAGUUAUAUUAUAGAACACUGUCAGAAUACAAUAUACUCAUCGAAAUCCCAAUACAAUUGCUCUGUUUCACAACUUGCUGAAUCUA